AUGUGGGUCGAUGAUGUGGACAUUGAUUGUGAUGGACUCGAUCACGGCUGCAAGGUUCCCUUUAUUGGCAUCCCCGACGAUUUUAUGUUGGCAAAUAAAGAUGACAUCCGGGAAAACAAUACCCCCGCCGUUAUUUGUGGCGGAAAGGUAUUCUACGAAAUCCUGGGAGACUCAAAUUGUGACGUUCCCCAGGUGACCGGGAAGCAUCCUGACACCCUUUUCACGGGCGAGGAUGCAGUUCUCCCGAGCAGUGCUCUGGGCGAGAACUACAUCACUGAUUUUGACACGUUACGAUCCAUGGGUGAUAGGCUCCUGAAAAACCUAGUGCCCAACCUGGAUGUGUCUGGGAAAGCAGCACCCAGACUACCCCAACCCCAGUCCGUCAGCUCCUAA